AUGGUCCUCACCCACACCACCAACCAUGCCUACUCCCACCCCUUCCCCGCCGUUACCCUCGCCUACUUCCUGCGCUACUCCUCGCCCAAGCUCAACCCCUUCUCGACCCACGUCAUGAGCACCGACACCAUCCACAGCCACAUUGACCCCGACACGGGCAGGUUACACACGACCCGCAUCCACCUCAAAAAGUCCCGUCUGCCCGCCCCCAUCUUCAAGCUGCUGCCCACCUCCAUCACCGGCGGCGGCUCGAGCACCGACAAGGCCAGCUACAUCCUCGAGACGAGCGUCGUCGACAUGCGCGAGGGCUGGAUGCGCACCGAGUCCCGCAACCUCAACUUCAACAACGUCCUCUCCGUCGUCGAGCAGCAAAACUUUAGCCUGCCCGACAAAACCGACCCGGCCGACCCCUCCGCCACCACCAACGUCACGACGACCGUUGUCUACAAGUCGCGCCUCGGCGAGCGCCUGCGUGCGCGCCGCGACCAGUCUGCGACCUCCGCCGCCGCCGCCACCACCGCCGCCGCCGAACCCAAGGAGGGCAAGUGGCUCUCGGGCUGGGUCAGCGGCCUCGGCGCCCGCGGCAUCCAGCGCAGCAUCGAGAACAUUGCCUCGAGCAAGACCGAGGCCCAGAUCGGCAAGAGCCGCGAGGGCAUGCGCGUCGUGCUCGAGCGCCUGCGCCACACGGGCGUGGGCGGCGUGCUCGAGAUGAUGCGCCGCGAGCGCCAGCUGGCGUGA